CUAUUUUUAUUUCGAGGCGACUGAUCAUUCAAAAGGAGUUGUCAUGAAUGAUAAAGUUGUGUUUGACAACAAGACGUAUUGCUUGAGCUUGGCCUACCACAUGUAUGGAAGCGGCAUGGGGACAAUUUCUAUCUAUACGUACAACACUAACCUCGGAUUACUUAAAAAACAAUUUUCCGUCAAUGGAACACAGGGGAAAGAAUGGCACAAAGUUGAUAUCGAUUUACCACUUGAUAGAAAGACAAGGCUUAUUAUUAUGUCAGUUAGAGGAAAGUCAUACCAGAGCGAUAUAGCAAUCGAUGACGUCACUUUGAUGCCACGCCCAUGUUCAGCAUGA